GAUGUAUAAUGCCAUUUUGCCAUUUUGCAUUUGUUCCAGCUGGUGAUGAAAGCCCGAUGGACUUCUGUUUUGAACUGUUUGCACAUAUUACAAAAUUUUUUGGAUUCAAGGUUGUACUGUUGGGUAAAUACAAUGCACAAGGCUUAGGGAAUGACUAUGAACUUCUUCUCAGAUGCACUCCAGGGCAAGAAUAUGUUAAAGUUGUAUUACAAGAUGGUCGCAUGCAAGGUGCAAUUUUAAUUGGAGAGGCAGACUUAGAGGGUAUAUAUGGCGAUUUUCAGCCUCACUCAAAACACAUGUACUGUCCACUGAGGGCACUAGCUGUUGUGAGAUUCUUGCUGAAGUUGAGCGCCAGGUAAAGAUCUGCAUUCGAGUCAUUAGCAAGACAGUUCAAGAGACCGAUGUAAAGCACUCCGAAUGUAAACAAGACUCCACCUCCACAGAAGAAAGUCCAAAGCUGGCAAAACAAAUGAUCCAUGUUUCUCAACAGGUUGGUGUAGUUGACGGAAACCGCUACAGUUGUUCUCCUGUCCUCCCAUUACUCUAACCAGUCCGUAUUUUUGUUUUGAUCAUUUGACGUUAUAAGGUUGUGAAGUCCCUUAACUGAUGAAUAUUAGACAAUGAUGAGCAUUGAUCAGCAACCACACCUGGAAAUUUAACCGCUGAAAGUUUUCAGAAAGCAAGGCCAUCAUGAAAAGCUAAUUAUGUAAUGGAUGACACCAUUGGAUGCUAAUCAUGACAAACAUGCCAAACUGGUGCACAAUUGAGAAUUUUGAUGUUACUUUAUUUUACUUUAUUUGGCUGGUGCAGAAUGAAAAUCAUUUUUUGACAUGGAAAGGAAUGAAUAAGACAGAUAUAUGGAAAUAAAUAAAUAAAUAAAAUAAAUCUAUAAUUGCAGUCCCAAAUGCUUUCUUGCUAACUAGACGAGUCAUUGUUGCUAAAGACACUGGACAAUAUAUAAAA